AUGUUCCUAACCUUACCAUCUCUAUUUUAUGUCUGCCCGAUUGUGAAGAAGAUGGAAAUUCAAUGUGGAAGGCUUGACUUUGACGAUGGAGGGACUUACAUUGGUCAGUGGCACCGAGGCUUCGCACACGGUUUGGGCCUGUCGACAGGUCCACAAGGCACGGGAGAGUAUUCUGGUGAAUGGGAUUCGGGAUAUGAGAAAUGUGGUACUUACAUUUGGCCCAACGGAAAUGUGUACACGGGCACUUGGUCCAAAGGGAAGCGUCAUGGUAGCGGUCAGCAAGUAAAAGGAAACUGUGUUUACCUAGGACAAAUGUCAAAUGGAGCUUGUGGACCAUUAGGAAUCAAAACCACAUUCAACGGACAGGUUUUGUACAGAGGUGACUGGAAGUUGAACCGGUUCGAUGGAUUUGGUAUGCAAGAAUGCUCCGACGGAAGUAUCUACUCCGGAGCAUGGUCAAGGGGACGAAAGCAUGGCUUGGGUGUUCGUAUUUCGUUUAACAGUACCACAUCUGACGAAGACCUGGGGCGGACAUCACAAAAUUCACCGAAAGAAAAUAACUCUGGCAGAGCAAGCAACAACACAGGGGAUGUAUCUUUCAAUGUAACGAAUAGGUAUAAUCCUAUAAAUACAAGCGACUCUCCAGCGGCAAAGGAGCGAGCGAAAGUGAGAAGCAACAUUAGUUUGAGGCGCUUGCGAAAACAGUCCACAGUGCUGGAGUCUACGUGCUCCUCGCCGGCAAACGUUAGCGAGGAAAGAGGCAAACGCUCAUCAGCUCCAAGCAGCCUGUUCCGAAGAACGACAUCCGUGGACGGAACUGAUAAUAACUGCCACGGCAUGCGUGCAAGCGCUUAUCGCUGUCAACAGGCUAUUGCACGGAAACAAGCCAUGUGCAAGUGGGACGACGCGAUUGGAAAGAGUACGGAAGUAUACGCCGGCGAAUGGGUGAAUGACAAACGAACCGGAUGCGGUGUUCUUCAACGUUCUGACGGAUAUCAGUACAUUGGGGAAUGGUUGCACAAUCAAAAACAUGGGCUGGGAAUGCUGCGGUAUCCAAAUGACAAACACGAUAUGGGCAAAUUUGAAUUCGACAAUUUUGUCCAUCGAGUUCCCCACCGGGUGAAAAUGAACAUUUUGCGACAGAGCAAACUACAAGACUUACUGAAUCAAGCCAUGCGGAAGGCACAGGAAGCUGCCAGCGCUGCCAAGGCCAUUUCGCUUGAAUACGCUCAAAAACAAGCUGAUCUGGCCCGACAGGCCGCGGAAGAGGCACAGAACACUACACUGGAUGCUAAGAAGUUGUCGCAGAAAGCACGCGAACUCGUCAGCCAGAUGGAGCCACUAUUUUCCCAGCCAGGGUCGGAGUGGCAAACCAAAAGAGGCUCUGAUAAAUCUUCGACCGGAAGACCCCUGGAAAUUGUUUCGGAAUUACUUUCCAUCACACAUACGAAACCAUCAUUCCAAGAUUUUCUAUCUCAGGCAGUGACGAUUCCAGAUGUUGUCCCAAUGGAAUCGCGGAAUGUCGUGCUCCAGAUAGCUCGCGCGUGGCGCUCAAAAAUAGGCGCAUCCGCACCAGGUAAACCAUUGUCGGCAAGGAAGCGAAAACCGGGAAAGAAACACCAUUCUGCAACAUCAGAUAUUUAUGAAAGUUUUGCGAGUAUGAACAAUCCGAAAGGCACUGACGCAAACGGAGCAUAUUUUGCAAAUCAGUUUGAAGCAAUUUCCAGUACAUCUCCAACAUCAGGCGGUAAUAAAAAUGAUACCUGGUCAAUUGAAAAGGAAGAAAGCAACUACAGUGACGAAAAUUUAGAGGAGUCGGACGAACAAUCAGGCAUGUCUCCACGCUUUCAUAAGAAUCCAUUGGAAUCAACCACUACAUACCACUCGCCGUCCGGAUCAGUGCUCUCAGGAUCAAUAGAUCAGUCAACUUCUGCCUUACAAACUGCAUCCAAAAAGUAUGUUGUGAAUUCUCCUCUCCAGCAAAUGAAGAAUCUACCGCAAGAAACCGCCCAUUUUAUACGCAACGGUGAUAAUGGUGCCGGUACUGACCAUCAAGAUCGAAGAAACUUGCCGGCUGACAACAAAAGCAUGAGAAAUUGCACCAGCAAAGAGGAGGGAGACGAGCUGAGGCAGAACUGCUCUUCGCAUUUAGCUUUUCAUGAGGAUAAACACGAAACUACACCCAAAACUGUUGGCCGUGAUCAAGAGUCAGGAACUCUCGCUCAUACACUAAAACAAACGGAUGCACAAGAGAGUGGAGCUGUCGUAGCCGAAUCGAAAGGCCGUUUAGUUCAGACAGCCUCGGUACAUCAUAUCACAGCAUCGCAUAGAACCCAUUCUAUGGAGUGCAGAAUAGUGAAUAGAGGUAAACCACGCUCUAAUAUGGCGGUGCAAACUCCGGAUCGCUUUCUGAGUGCUCCUCAAAGUCCAUAUGAGGCCGAAAUUGGAGCACGCAUGAGGUUCGAUUUGGUGCGCAGUAUGGAGCCUACUGGCAGCCAGAACAAAUUUGCUGUUCGGCCGCCGACUCCCAAGAAUACGUGGAUUCAUUAUCAGGCUGAAAGUCAUUCGUGUGAAUCAAACAAAGCAGGAAAGUUUGGCGGAUGUAAUGAGAUCACCGAAAAUGGAAUGGCGCGACACAUUAAUCCAAGGUUAACUCAGAAUGACGGUGAAGCUUCUCAGCACCAUUCAACAGCCCAUGACGAAAGGAUAAAGUGGAAAAUGAAAGCAGGAUGUGCAACUAAAGCGCCCACAUCCCAACUCCUAUUCGAAGACAAACGUGUCAGGCUACACUUCCAUCCCUCGGGUACCCUGGCACUGAGUGACGGUGAGCUGGGGAGCUCACCCUCGGAAGCAAGCGUCGCCACAAUCUGCUCGGCCCCGACAUUUGACAUGCAAGUAACGCAUCACGCCCAUUCAAAUGAUCCCAACCAGAAUCGCUCGAAUGCAGUGGUGGCUCGUACGCAUUUAGAAAAUGGCUACUCACACCAAGAAGUGCAAAUAAAAAACUGGGAAUCAGGUCCGGAGAAAAGAAGCGGCACUCAUUCACGAAAGGGUUCAGCGGAGACUAAAAAUUUCCCACGGGGAUUCAAAUGCAGCAUGCAACACGCGGUAGGUUCCAAGCACUGUUCAUCGAAAGUGUUGUGA